AUGAUGGCCGAUUCGGAGUUAUCGGAAUUCGAAGAGCAACAUUUUCGUGAAAUGUUUGAACUGUUUGAUCGCAACGGUAGCGGAGCUAUAUCGGCCGACGAGCUCGGUGAUCUGAUGCGGGUACUGGGCCAAAACCCAACGCUGGCCGAACUAGAGCAAAUGAUCUACGAAGUGGAUGCCGACGGAAAUGGCCGGAUUGAGUGGGAAGAAUUUUUGGUGUUAAUGAAGCGAAAGUCGCGCGAACCGGUCAACGAGAAGGAACUCUACGAAGCGUUCAAAGUGUUCGACAAGAACGGUGACGGGUUUCUAUCGGUCGAUGAGCUAUCGGAUGUGAUGCGUAAUUUUGGUGAGCGAUUAACGCAAAAAGAGUUGGAGGAUUUGCUUGCCGAAGCUGAUAUCGAUGGCGAUGGGCUUAUCAACUACGAAGAGUUUGCUUUUAUGUUGACAAAGUAA